UGACGCUCCCGUAAAGUGCCUCUCGGCGGCGUUUAAUAUAAACAAUAUACGUACAUCUGUCAAUAUUUCAUUAACCUGAAACAUUAGGUUUAUUUUAUUCCGCAAGCACAACCGCCGAAUACUUGAAACGCAAGACAACCGUUUGGAUCAUGUGGCGCUAUUUUUUGCCCUGGUUUUGCUGUGAUGGCUUUGAUAACGCCACAUAAUCUCGUGUUUAUGGGAAGUAUCCGAUCAGUUGUGGCGUGUUUAUCGCUAGCCUCUGUAGCGAGGAAAAUGACCACCGCAACGGGGCUAAGCGUCUCCGGGACAUCUUCUGCUGCGCCCGGGCUGCUCCGCCUCACUUCAGUCCCCGGCUACGACCAAAACCGUGUCAAUGAUGUUCUGCUCGUAAGACCCGCCACGCAAACCCAGAGACGAUGCGACAAUGACACUCAGAACCUGCAGGAUGGAAAUGACCACGUCGUGUUCUUUCCCGGAGACAUUCAGAACUUCCAGCAGGAAAUGGCCCUCCAGCCUGAUGCCGCACCGUGGCAGUGCUGGAGUCUGGAGCGUGUUGGCUUCACCCUGGCCCACCGCUUCCCCGGCUGCCACAUCUGGAUCAUCCGCGCUUCUCAAAUGUACCUACACAAGUUCAGCUGCUAUCAGAACUUUGUAGAGAGCAACUUAUUCGGUGCACCAGAACAUUCUGCAGACUACGGAGCCAUUCGACACCUGAGGGCACUGCUAGGACACAGCAUGCAGCAGGCAGGUCUGCCAAAUCAUUUACCCCCGCUUAGUGGCACAUCCACCCCUGGCCCUCUUCCUGCCGGUUUCUCCCUGACCAUAGUGGGCUUCAGUAAAGGAUGUGUUGUCCUCAAUCAGAUGGUGUAUGAGCUGGCCGGAGCCCGAGCCAACCCAGAACUCAAGUUGUUUUUGGACAAGGUGUCUGCGCUGUACUGGCUGGACGGAGGACACCCUGGCGGCAGCGAGACCUGGGUGACCGAUAAGUGUGCUUUGGGAGCGCUGGCGUCCAGCGGGGUGGCUGUUCAUGCUCAUGUUACUCCAUAUGAGGUUCGAGACCCGAUGAGGGCGUGGGUCGGGCGAGAACACCGGCACUUCAUCAAGACUCUGGAGGAUCUGGGUGCCUGUGUGAGCCACAAACUGCACUUUGAGGAUGAGCCGGCAUCCAUUGACAAUCACUUCCGGGUCAUUCAGGAGUUCUGACCCUUCUCAAAUCAUGCUUCAACUAUAGUCUUAACAUGAAGAUGGCUUUCUGUUGCACUUAUAUUUCAUUCGUUUUGGGUUUCUAUUAGUUUUAACCAUAACAAUUGAAGCUUCUGGGCAAAAAAAUGAAGAUAAUGUGAUCCACAUGUUGGGUCAACAUAUUGAUUAUUCUUAGACACACAAAUGAAGACAUUUGAUCCUCUAUGAAAUGUCCAGGUGGCCAAAACUCCAGAUCAAAAAUGUUGUGAAGCUACUGUAAAAUGAUUCUAUAUAAUGGUGGAUUGUUCAGCUGAUGCACUUAAUUUUAACAUUUAGUAAUUUCAUAGUCUGAGAUUUCAUCACAUGGACUUUCAAUGGAGGGAUCUUAAAAAGCAAAAUACUUUAAUUUGUCUUGCGACACUCUGAUAAUUUUAUAUUGUGAACAGGAGAAUGACCAAACCUGUAAAAGAUUGAACAUGCCUGACAUUAAGCCUUACUGUUUUUGCUUGUUGCAUCUAUCUACACGGGCUCUGUCGGACAUACUAGAAUGCUUGUUUGGCAUUGUUAGUUUUGAAUGUGGAUAUGCGAAGUACAACCAUUACCUCGUCGUGUAUCAAGGGCUCUCUUAUCCUGCUAGAUAGAAAUGAAUCUUAAAGUGCUUCAUAUUAAUAUAGUUCAUUUGUUUUUAUGUUGUUUAAUAAGCAUGGCUUUUCAAGCAUGCGUAGCCCUAGAUGUGUAUGGAUACUCUUGAACGCAAAACAUUUCCUAUACUGACCUUAGUAGUCAUGCUACCUAACAAAGGCCUGUAGUCUUAUAUAUCAAGAGAGAAACUAGAUUUCUGCAGUAUCAUAUCUACAUUGGUUGAUUAUUACAAAUAUGUUCAGUGUUUGUGUUCCUUUGGUAUUUCUUUCAUUUGAUUAUCAAAUCAGAUAUUCUAGGAAUCUUCCAUUGAGAUGAGUUCUGUUGAGCAUUUUCAGUGCAAUGAUGAAAUAUUACAUUUUAAAAUAUUUUAUUUAUUGAGCGCACAACUGUUAGUGCUCUGCCCUAAACAAAUCUUUACACGAUACUCUAGAUGGCGCUCUUUGUUUGAAUUAUGCUUUAUGACUGGAUCACAUAGAAAUGAAUAUGUGGAUUUUGUAAUAUCCUGAAUGUAAUGUGCUGAAAGUGCUUCAUAGUCAUUCCAUGCUGAUGUAAUUUAAUAAAAAUGACAAAAUGUA